UAAAUAAGCAACUUUUUGUUCAAUAUACAAAUUUAAAAAGGUGAUCAUUAAUCGUUGAAGGUUUAAAACACCAAUAAAACUACUAAAUAUAAAGUUCCACCACCAAAAGAUCUUAAUAUAACACAAAAGCAGAACUGGCUGACAGAUAUUUCAAUAAAUUAGUUUUAAGUUACCAAUAUUUCAUUAUGCUUUUUCUGGUCACAAAUUGCAGAUUAUUCAUUUAUAACACAAAAUGUCUUCAAAUAUGCAAAUAGAUCUCCAAUGUAUGUGGUCAAGAAUUAUGUAUUGGCCCUUUAAACUUUAAAACAAUGCCACACAACCAGCAAAGUGUUGCAUCAACUGUUGCUACAAUAUGUGGGCGUCUCAGUUGUGUGGAGGUGUUGCAUUUCUCCUGUCACUGCAGUCAGUAAAGAAGAAUGAGAGCCGUGGUGAACAGCAACAGAUUCAACUUGAAGCAUAAAGGAAGCUGUGUUAAAAUCUGUUCGACUGUAGAGGGCAGUGUUGGACAAUAAACAGAGGCUUUUAGUUCUAUAUAAGAGUUUUUAAGUAAACCUCUGAUUUUUGGGGCUGUCUGUAUAUUUAAGGCUGCUAAAUGCUUCACACAUUAUCAGUUUAGCCAUUAAUAUAACACCUACAUGUUAAUCUGGUAUAUUAAUUUGAUUUCCACAAGUUAAUAUUGUAUAUUAUGCUGUACAUUAUUUAUAUUUACUCUUAAAUUGAAUAUUUUGCUUCUCAUUAAUCACUAUUUGAACUGCACUAGCUGUUAAUAUGCAGUAGCUCCUGGUAAAUGCUACCAACUCCCCUGAUCUGUAUGUAGGCUGUGGUCAAAAUGAAGAUGUGCUAUAGUCGUACAGCAGCUGAAAGAACUCAGGGCUCUGCAGCCAGUGUUGAAAUCAUUAAGAGGAAGUGGAGUGCAACUGUAGGGAUGGAUUAAAGAGGCAGGUGCCAGUUCUCAUCGGUUUUAACUGUGUUUGACGCGCACAGGAAGCUUGUAUUUUCCCCUUUUGCGCAUCUUUAACAGAAAGAGGAAGUUUUGCCGCCAGCUGAACGUGUUCACAUGCUCCAGAGCUCAGCCUUGCACUGUGAGGAGAAGAGCACUGAGCUCCGAUGAUGGACGUCUACCAGGAGGCUGUGAAUUAUCUGGAGACAGAGCAUGUACCAGUUGUAGUUGAAGCAGAGGCUGAUGUCCUGGAGGAGGAUGUGUUCCAGGAGGAGGCAGUGUCCUGUUACCUCUCUCCUUUCCGCUCAGAGAGCUUAGAGUUCCCCGACACCCCUACGUCGUGCAGCCCGGAGGAAAUGUUGGAGAGGAGGCUUGUGGUCCUGAAAGGCAUCCUGGAGAGUGAGGAGGUCUAUCUCCGAGAACUGGAGGCCCUGCUGAUGCCCAUGAAGGCUCUGCGGGCCUCAGCUGGGACCUCCCAGCCAGUCCUGUCCAGUCGUCAGGUCCAGACUGUUUUCUACCAGGUGCCCGAGCUCAGAGACUUACACCAGAGCUUUUACUCUGGCCUUAAGGCCCGGCUCAGCAUGCACUGCCAGACUGAGUCCAGCACUGGUGAGGAGAGAGAGACGAGUCACACGGGCUUUGAGUUGUUGGUGGGAGAUCUGUUUCUCAAAAUGGUGAACCAGAUCGGUCUGUACGGUGGUUUCAUUGGAAACUAUGAGGAAGCUGUUGAAGUUGUUCGCAAGUGCACACAGUCAGAUCCUCGGUUCCGGACCUUGGCCCAGAGCAUGAUGUCUAAUAAUAACGGCUCAGACAAAACUCGGACCACAUACACAUUUGAAGCUCUUCUAUACAAACCUCUGGACAGAGUAACCAAGACCACACUAGUGCUGCGUGAUGUCCUGAAGACGACACCAGUGGAGCACGGAGAUUACUCAUCCUUACAGGAAGCUCUGAGAUUGUCUCGCAGCUUCCUAUCUGGUGUCAACGAGAGUUCACAGAGCAAACGAGAGGUCACGCUCAGUCACGGAAUGAGACGUCAGCUGAUGCGUGAUGGCUUUGUGGUGGAUGUGAGUGAGGGGGAACGCAGCCUGCGUCACCUCUUCCUUUACACCGACCUCCUGCUGUGCACCAGAUUCAAACAUGCAAGCAGAGGGAAGCAGGACCAGUACAGGUUCUGCUGGUAUCUGCCUCUCGCAGGUCUCAAACUUCGCUGGGUUGCGGAGCAGGAACGUUCAGACGCACAGAUUCGUGUACACACCAUGAGGGCGAAGAUGUACUUCCUCCGACAACAGAUACAGCAACAAAAAGCAAAGGGGUCCAAGGCCAUGGCGGCUAUGGCAGCUCGCCACAAGAAGAAACUGGAGCAAAUGGAGUUGAUGCUGAUCACAUACUGCCCUGUUUACAGACUGGACCUGCACAGCCCCAGUGGCAAGAGUCACAGUUUCCUCCUCUCCUCCCUGUAUGAACUUGAAGAAUGGAGGGAAGCCAUCCACAAACUCACCACAGACAACAUAGAAACCGUCCCUCCUGACCUGCUCACCCUCACCUGUGCAUGUGGGAAACUGAGAAUGACCCAGCAGCCUCCACUACACAGCUCAAACCCCGUAGAGGACGAGGAGUCUUUAUGUGGGACUCUGACUGUGGCGAUCCACUCUGCCUGCGGCCUGCAGCAACCGGCCUGCGUGUAUGUUUGUGUGGAAGUGGAUGGCAACGCAUUUUACGAGAAACAAACCCAGACACGCUCGUCAGUCCACAGCCUCAACCCACACUGGGACCAGGAGCUGUCUCUCCAGGUGGACGGGGCACAGAACCUGAGGGUGCUCUGUGUCAGUCAGUCUGAUGGACAGGAUGAUACUGUGCUGGGCAAAGCUUCUGUGACGUUGGACUCUAAAACCCUGAAUAAGCGAUGGAGGAGACAGACUCUACACCUUGGCCAGGUGGAGGUGACACUCUCCCUGAAGUACUCCCAUCACCCACUAGACCCACCCAGCUCCAUGGCCCAACAGCAACAACCAGUCUUCUGUGUCCCCAUUGGAACUGCGGCUCAACAGGAGGGAGUUCUCGUCCCCCAUGUGGUGCGCUGCUGCGUGGAGGAGGUGGAGAGGAGAGGCAUGAACGAGGUGGGCAUUUACAGGAUUUCGGGAACCACCAGUGACAUCGGCGUGCUCAAGACUGCGUUCAACAGCAAUCUGCGUGAAGCAGUAACCAGGCUGAGAAGUGCCGAAGUUAACGCCGUCUCUGGUGUUCUCAAACUGUACUUCCGAGAGCUACCGGAGCCUCUUAUACCCACUGAGCUGUUUCAGAGCCUGGCCAAGACGCUGGACAUCCAGGACAUAAACGACCGGCUUGUCUCCAUGUUGUCCCUGCUGCAGUCCUGUCCUGACCCCAACCGCCACACUUUCCUGUACAUCCUGCACCACUUGCAACGAGUCUCUGAGAAACAAGACAUCAACAAGAUGUCUCUCAUGAACCUGGCUACGGUGUUUGGUCCGAGCCUCAUACGCCCCCCAGUGGUCGGACUGGGUCACGACGGCCCCACUGUGGAUAUCUCUCAGGAGGUGGUGGUACAGGUCCAAGUGGUUUACUCGUACCUGCAGUGCAACAACCUCCCUGAAGCCGAGACCGCUCUGCAACAUGACACAGACGCUGAAGAUGAGACCACCCACGUGUGAGACCACCAUCAGUGUCACGGCUGGCAGGAAAUGAACAAAUACUGUGUGUAAAGGUCUGUAAGACAAAUAGAGGUAUUUAUUGAUUAAAAACAAUGACUUGUGACUGUUGUUGUUCACAUUUUGUCACUUUUUGCAACUUUUGAGACCAAAGUU